CUUGCCGACCUCUCAAACUCAAAACAUGGCCGCGCUCAUGUGGUCAUCGCGCAGAGCCUUGACCGCGGCAGCGCGGCGAUUUGGCGUCGCUGGACCGCAGAAACGCCACAAGUACAUCGUUUUAGUUCCGGAAGUGCCCGAGGACACGGCCGACACCAAUCCUCUGCUGCGGUUCACGGCUGAGCCACCAGAGUAUGCGCACCUCACGGGAGUGCAGUGCUACAAUGCCGUCGGCAAGCUGCUCGUGGAGUUCGAGGUUGGGGUGUCCCAACUGGAAGAGCAACUGCAAGAUGGAGCCUACGUGAAGACCUUUCAGUCCGUCAUGGAGCCCUUGGAGAGGUUGGCUGCCCCCUUGGAGUCGGCUUGGAGUGCGCUCCGCCUCAUGUACCUGGUCAAUCAAACACAACAGAUCGCCCAGGCCUACGAAAAGCUACAGGCACGCGUACACCGAGCACUGUCCAGGCAGUACCAAAGCCUUCCCAUAUACCACGCGGUCAAGGAGUUGAUCAAGGACGAGAAGCGCUACUCGGAGGAGGAGCAGCGCAUCGUGCAGCGCCACUGCCUCGAGGCCCGGCUCAUGGGCAUCAACCUCCCGACGCCACAGCAGUCGGAGCUGGGGCAGGCCGUGAGCCGCAUCGAGAAGGAGGCUCAGACCUUCCGGCGAAACGUCAGAGUGUCCACCAACGAAUUCCAGCACCGAGUCGACGGAGACCUGGUGAAGCACCUGCCUCACGAUCUGGUCAGGAGGAUGGCAGUCGACAAGAGCCAACCUUCGAUGGGUCCCUGGCUGGCCACCUUAGAGGAGGAGACGUACCGCGGUUUCUUACAGCACUGCGGGAACCGGCUACAACGCUGGAACAUCUGGCAGGCGUACCACUCGCGGGGCACCGCAGGAGCUCACAAGAACAGUCUGCCCAUCGAGGAGAUUCGCUCCCAGCGGCAGGCGCAGGCCAAGGUGCUCGGCUACCCGCACUUCGCCGCCCUCUCCAUGGAGACCAAGAUGGCCGGCAGCACGGAGAGGGUCAACACGUUCCUCGACAGUUUAGCGGAGCAGGUGCGGCCAAAAGCCCAGGAAGACCUACAGACGCUCACGGGUUUCUGUCAGGAGCGAGGCUUCCGAGACCAGCUGCAACUGUGGGACGUGCCCUACUGGCGUCGCAAGCAGCGCCAAGCCCUAAUUGCCAGGUUUGACGAAGCAGCAGUGCGCGAAUACUUCCCACUGCCAGCCGUGCUGGAGAGCCUCUGGCAGGUGCUGCACGACCUGCUAGGCAUUACCGUCCGAGAGUCGUCAAAGCUGGCAGCCAAGGCGUGGCACUCUGACGUGCGUGCCUUUGAAAUCCUGCAUCCUUCAGGUGAGCUAGCGGGCAGCUUCUUCCUGGACCCGUACGCACGAGCAGGCAAGCACAUGGGAAGCUGGACCGAGCCGGCCAGGGGGCGCAGUGUCCUACUGGGCAGCCUGCCAGUGGCCAACGUAGUACUAAGUGUACCGGGACCACCCGUGGCCGGUCUGUCGUAUGGGGAGUUGGGUCAGCUGGUGGACCAGAUGGGCCACGUGCUGCAGAACUGCCUUAGCCGGUCAACGCACGCCCACAUGUCAGGCAGCCGGGGCGUCGAGUGGGACCGGGUGCAGGUGUGCGGCAACGUCCUGCACCUGCUGCUGUUGGGGCACCACCAAUUUGCCGCACGCCUGGCUGCCCAACCCCUGACUGCCGAAAUGCACGAUGCCUUGAAGGCAGCUGACAGGCACAUGGUGGCGUGGGACCUCUGCUGGCAGCUCUACUACUCCAAGUUGGACCUGGAACUGCAUUCCCGGACCGACUUCUGGGCCGACCUGAGUCGAAGGCUGUGGCCGCAGUUCCUACCGGUGGCGAACGACGCAGUUGCCGAGAAGCGCCUCUGCUCGAUGAGCAGCUUCCUCACGGCACCGGCCGCUCAAUUCUGCCCCAUCUGGGCUCAGAUGAUCGCCGCAGACGUACUCAGCGAAUUCCAGAAAGCCGAGACCUCGUCUGAAAUCAGCAGUGUGGGAAAACGAUUCCGGGAGACCUUUCUGGAGCUUGGAGGAACAGUCAGCGGCAGCGAAGUGUGCCGGCGGUUCCUAGGUCGCGACCCCUCGUCGGAUUCGCUUUUGGCAGUGUACGGCUUGCAAGGAGAACAGAGGCGGCAUACGAAAGAUCAAUCGUAGUAUAGAACAAUAAAUAUGUAUUCUAGGAAAAACAA